UUUUCCUACGGGGCGCCCUGUUCCCAUUGUGUGAGAGAUAGUAAAUACUGACACUGCUAGAAAACCAUAACAUUUAUUUCCUUGCGAAAAAACGUUUAUAUUCACGUCAGGUGAUAACUAACUCGUCAUGGCUCGUACCAAGCAGACCGCCCGUAAAUCCACUGGAGGAAAGGCUCCACGUAAGCAGCUGGCCACCAAGGCUGCCCGCAAGAGUGCACCGUCUACCGGUGGGGUUAAGAAGCCCCAUCGUUACAGGCCCGGCACCGUGGCCCUGCGUGAGAUCCGUCGGUACCAGAAGUCCACUGAGCUGCUGAUCCGCAAGCUGCCCUUCCAGCGCCUGGUGAGGGAGAUCGCUCAGGACUUCAAAACUGACCUGCGCUUCCAGAGUGCAGCUAUCGGAGCCCUGCAGGAGGCCAGCGAGGCAUACCUGGUGGGUCUGUUUGAGGACACCAACCUGUGUGCCAUCCAUGCCAAGCGUGUCACCAUCAUGCCCAAAGACAUCCAGCUGGCACGUCGCAUCCGUGGGGAGCGUGCUUAGCCUGCCCACCCUCCUUUCCUUUUUCUCUUUAAUGUUUCACCUCUAUUCUCUUUGUUUCUUUAUCUCUCACCGUCCUAACUCCCUCAUUUCGCCCUGCCCUUCCAUCUCACCCCCCAGUCCCCUCUGCCUGUUUUCUUCUUGGUAGUCUUUAGAGUAACCGUGAUUAUGAUGAGAGAAACGUGUUGAAAAGUCUCGUCUCUCAUAGUUUUUGUCUUCAGCAGAUGUUUUAGGGUACCUUUUUCGUGCAUGUAGUAGGUGUCGCUGAUCAGACACACACACACAGGUUUGUGCGUCCUCAGCUCUCAUAAAAUAAAACUCACUCACAUGCACAGGUGGGCAGACCAGAAGGGCAUCGCCCGGGGGCUAGUCUGCUUAAGGGGAGUGGCAACUUCCACAGCAGGGUGCUACUAAAACUAACCCCAGGGCUGUUGGUGUGUGUGUGUGUGUGAGCUCUGAUCAGCUAAGCAAAUUGUAUUCAACAGCAAACAAGUAUCAUCUUGGUUACUUAAAAAUAAUUGAUGAUUACUAUCA